GCGUGCGCAGUGGUUCGUCUCCUUCUUUGCCGCUGCCACGUUCUUGGUGAAGCUGAGGCCGAGUGUCCCGGGCCCAGAUACACAAACCACCCCCGCCCAGCCCGAUCCAGUCCCCGGCCUCCCGUUCUACACCGAGACUCAAGCCCAACAUGUGGCUCAUCCGCCUGCUCUAUUUGGCCGCCUUGGCCUUGGCAACCGAUAUUCCCGAGGAGGAGGACGUGUUGGUUUUGAAGAAAGACAACUUCGAGGAGGCGCUUCAGAAAUAUCAGCACCUCCUGGUGGAGUUCUAUGCUCCCUGGUGUGGACACUGCAAGGCACUUGCCCCUGAAUAUGCCAAAGCUGCUGCAAAGCUGAAAGAAGAAGGCUCCGAGAUCAGACUUGCAAAAGUAGAUGCCACCGAGGAAUCUGACCUAGCGCAGAUGUUUUCAGUACGGGGAUACCCAACCAUUAAGUUUUUUAAAAAUGGUGAUAAGAGCAAUCCUAAGGAUUAUUCAGCUGGAAGACAGCAUGAAGAUAUUAUGAACUGGCUGAAGAAACGCAUGGGACCUGCAGCAGACAUCAUCACUGAAGCAGAUGCUGCUGAGAAACUAGUGGACUCUUCUGAAGUGGUUAUUAUUGGCUUUUUCAAGGAUGUAGAAGGGAACGAUGCCAAAAUCUUCCUUCAGGCUGCAGAGGCCUUUGACGAGGUGCCGUUUGGGAUCACAGCGAAAGCAGACAUCUUUACCAAGUAUGAUGUGAAGAAGGAUGGAGUUGUCCUUUUCAAGAAGUUUGAUGAAGGUCGUAACAUCUACGAUGGAGAAGUUACAAAGGAGAAUAUAAUUGAAUUUAUUAAGAACAACCAGCUGCCUUUAGUUAUUGAAUUCACUGAGCAGAGUGCUCCAAAGAUUUUUGGUGGUGAUAUCAAGACCCACGUGCUGCUCUUCAUCCCCAAGAGCUCAACAAGCUUCGAGGGAAAUUUGAACAGCUUCAAGAAAGCAGCAGAGAGCUUCAAGGGCAAAAUCCUGUUCAUCUACAUUGACAGUGAAAUUGAGGACAACCAGAGAGUUCUGGAGUUCUUUGGUUUGAAGAAAGAGGAAUGUCCGGCCAUUCGCCUCAUCACCCUGGAGGAGGAGAUGACCAAGUACAAACCUGAGAGUGAGGACAUCACUGUAGAGAAUGUCAGAAUAUUCUGCAACCAGUUCUUAGAAGGGAAGUUGAAGCCUCACCUCAUGAGCCAAGAUGUUCCUGAAGACUGGGACAAAAAUGCUGUCAAAGUGCUUGUUGGCAAAAACUUUGAAGAAGUUGCCUUUGAUGAAACAAAGGAUGUUUUUAUUGAAUUCUAUGCUCCAUGGUGUGGUCACUGCAAACAGCUGGCUCCUAUCUGGGAAUCUCUGGGAGAAAAGUACAAAGAUAAUGAUAAGAUAGUUAUUGGGAAAAUGGAUGCCACUGCCAAUGAAAUUGAGUCUGUGAAGAUCCACAGUUUCCCCACCCUCAAGUACUUCCCUGCUAGCCCUGAGCGAACGAUAAUAGAUUUCAAUGGUGAGAGGACACUUGAAUCUUUCGUCAAAUUCAUAGAGAGUGGAGGAAAGGAUGGAGGUGCUGUUGAUGAGGACCUUGAAGAUCUUGAAGAGGAUGAGGAAGGAGAGGAAAUAGAGUCAGAUGAAGAUGAUGAAGCUGAUCAUCUUAAAGAUGAAUUGUAAAAAAAUUGCAGCCAAAAACACUACACUUUUUUUGUACAAUUCAAAAUGCAGUAAACGAGAUAUUUAACAUCGAGCCUGAGUUGAUAAACCAGGGAAUAUCCAAACAAUUCAGUGCACACUGUGCAAUGCCAUCAAUUAAUUUAUUAGGGAUCUUCAUCCUUAAUUGUUCAAGCCACAAACUGAUAUCUACACUUGGGAACUUUUUUGUUUCUUGUUACUGAUUCAUGUAAUGUACUUUUGUACAGGGUUUUUAACUUGUUUAUAUUAACAUUACGUAUUUGGUGAUGGAAGGUCAUCUCGCACUUCGUGUCUGAGUGCCUAGAAGGAGAUGAGUGCUGAACUAGGGGCCACAGAUAGGGGGAAGGAGAAACAUAUGGGCCAUUGAAAGCCUCCAACUGCAGUAUUGUUAAAAGGAAAGAGGCUUCUAGUUUAGUAUUUCAGGGACUCUCCUGCUUCAAGUAAACUUUCAAAUGUUGAAUCUGGACCCAAGGUGAUUAACUUUUUUUUUCUUUUUGUGUGUGUGUGUUUUGGUUAAAGGGGUGGGUGGGGGAGGGGGAUACCAUGCAACAGAGGGUGGGGUGUUGAAGCUUCGUAAAUGAACUGUGCAAUUCUUUCAGCAUUCCAACCUGUUUAAACAAGAGGCAGAGAUUUGGUGGUCAGAGUGAAAUUAAAGAAUUAAACUUUUUUUUCUCCA